ACGGGAAGGGCGCGGGCGGCCGUCAGUUCCGCGCCGCGGCUCGCUCGCACUGCCCGUCCUCGCUGACGCUCCCGCCUGCGCGCCCGCUCCAAAAUGAAGUCUAAAGUAAAGGGAGCGAGAACCAAGAAUAUGGACAAGCUGAUCGCAGCUGUCCAGGCAAGGGAAUGCUUAUGGGACAAGAGCUAUAGAGGACACAGGAAUCGCUUCAAGCUGGAGCGAUAUUGGAAUGAAGUGGCGGCUGAGGUUGGGACGACCAGUCUGAAUUGCCGCAAGAAAUGGAAGAAUCUCAAGGACCAAUGUCGCAAAGAGAUGAAGAAAAACCCAAACGAAUCGGAAUGGCCACACUUCCAGAAACUAAAAUUUAUCCACCAUCAGUUCGUGGCCGAAGAUGAGGAAGGGGACGAGGAUACGACAGAUGAGGUCUUCAAUUCCUUGGAUGAGUCUAUUAAGAGGCCGAAGCUAGGCUAUACUAUGAGGAAGAAGCUCCUGAUGAAUAAGAGAAGGGCUAUUGAUGUGGAUAUGAAUAAGUUGAUAGAUUUGGUUCGAGUUAGGGAGAUCAUAUGGAACAGGUCCUUGAAGGGACACCAUAAUUGGUACAAGCUGGAUGAGAGCUGGAAGGAGGUGGCGCUGGAGUUGGAUUGUACGCGUGACGAAGCAAGACUCAAAUGGAAGUACCUAAGAGAUCAAGCAAGGAAGGAGGUAAGGAAACAGACAGGAUCAGACUGGGAGUACCUCCCAAAACUACAGUUCCUCACAAACCAAUUCAACGACUACGAAGGCAAUGAAUUAGCUGAUGAUUCCUACACCCAAGACUAUGAUGCUGAUCAAGGAACAAGCUACUACAACAUAGAACCAACCAAUGAUGUUAGUGUUAAAGAAGAUGAUUUUGAUGAAUUUGAUACGAAACCUAUUAUAAUGGAAACAGACUUUUAUGAUGACGAUGAUGAUGCUCAGAAAAGUGCUACUACUGAGCCCAGUGAGCCGGUGACGAAGGAUGAAGAUAUAGGAUUCUUCAAUAGCCUACUCCCUCAUGUGAAGAAACUAGGACCUGCCAAGAAACUCAUGUUACGAAUGAAGAUACAAGAGAUGGUUUACAAUACUGUUUACAAUGAAACUUAGUUUGGGAAAUGGGACACUUAUUCAGAAAAAUAAUAUUUUUUGAAUCAGAUGAUUAGAAAAAAUUGUUGGUCACGAUUUUGACAAUACCAUGGCUACAUUUGGAUGAUGUUGGAUGUUAUUGUAAUAUCAAUUAACACGUUAACCGCCACGUCGGUCACUGGUGAUCGACGCUUAGCAAUGGAUUUGCCCUCAACAGUUUUCUUUCGGCAGUUAAUGCUUUUAAUAUCAAUGGAAAGAAGGUUUAUGGUUUUGAUAAAAUUGAGUUUUAUUUUAUGCUACAAGUCACCGGUUUUAAAGUAAACUAAAGAGGUGACUCAACCUUCAGAUAGUAUUAUUUGUUAAGAUUAAAAAGAUAUCGUUUUUGUGUCAGAUACAAAAAUGUAAUCUACUAACGUAGAAGGUAAAAGUGUUAGUUUAAAACGCGCUGAUCUCUAAAACAAUUAGUCCGAUUUUGAUAAUUAUUUACUACUUAACAAUUUGUGGUCAUUAUUGAACAUUAAUAAUGAUGUAUUGUGAUUAAACAGAAACGUGGUUAUGGGUUUGAUUUUCGGUUUACCACAAAAUAUAUAUUAUGGGUUUUUACAAGGCAAUGUAAGCCUAUAUGAUACAUGAUUAUCUCGAUCCGGAGCUGCGGACUACUUAGCGGGUUACCGGGGCUCCGGCUCGAAGAGCAGGAGUAGGAACGGGGUGGUUUUUAGUCAGUAAGAGUCUGACACUCCAUCUCGGUUCACCUGAAGCGGGAGAAGUCACUGGAUGAUUAUCCCUCCUUAAAAAAGUACAUAACUAUGUAUGGAAGUACAUAAAACAACGUGUUCUGCCUACAUAUUAUGUUUAAAACACUUUAAUAGGAAGAUAGAUUUAUGAAAGACAGCAAAAGUAUCAGAUUUUCAUAAUAAUUAUCGUGAGACAUAUUAAAUUAACUAAAAACAACGGUUUACUCACGCAAAUAUGUGUAUUGAGAAAAGCUCUACUAGUUUCGAGUGACAUAACAGAGGGCUUAGUACGAGUAUGUUUUACGAUUAACGAGAUCGAACGAGUGCGCGUUCGGCGCUCUACAGCAAGUGUACAGUAGGCUGCGCGGGUCGCCACGUCUGCGCACGCUGCUCAUGAUGAAGAGUCCCUGUGUAACUCGAAACUAGUAGAGCUUUUCUCAAUAUAUUUGCGUGAGUAAACCGUUGUUAAAAAAUAUCAGAUGAUAAUAAAUAGAAGACUGAAUUUUUAUUUUUCUGAGUAAGUGUGAUAGUUAUUGUAUUGGAAAAUACUUAUAUUAAAUGUUUAAAUAUAAGUUGUUUGUUGUAUAUAUUGUCCUAUUAUAAUCUUAUGUUCAUAAGGUAACUUUACAACAUAUUUUUUGUGCUUUCUGAAGUUUAACGUGUGAGUUGAAAAUGGAUCACAAACCUAACCUAAAUAAAAAAGUAUUAAAUGUUUAAAGGCUCGAAUGGUUGCAAUUUGCAAAUGCGACUGUCAACCAAAUUCUCUUGACUUGAUUAACUCAGAUAGAUAAUGUUGAAUCAGAUUGAAAACAAAAUUGCUUUGUUUCAAAAAUGGGUGACGCAUUCAUAAUUUAUCACACAAAAUUAUCUCUUUCCAAAUGUCAUUCUUUUACCGACUUCUACUACUAAGGUUCAUGAAGUGAUUGGUACUUACUUGAAAUAUUAAAAACUGUUUGUUGUUGAUCAUUCCUAAAUGUUAUAAAGAUACGUAGAUUAAGCGCUGAGGUAUAUUUAUGUGCAGAAAUAUAAUAAACACAUUAUAUAGUUGUA